UCUGUUAAUUCACUGGAAUUAUUCUCCGCCUUUUUGGCAACGAAACGCUAUAACAUACGCACACGCAAGUAUAAUAUUUCAUCAUCAAUUUGUCUGGAAGCCUGGACCUCACUAACGGAGAUUUUUAGAGGUGGUGGUUGUGGCGUUGUUUGUGUCUAUCCAUGAGCCAACAUGCAUAUAAUUGCUGCGGCUUCUCUCCUUAGAGCGACUCGAACCCCGGCCCUCUUUAGCACUAGUUUUGCCCGUGCAAUUUGUACUGCCCCUUCAAAUAAUUUUCAUUCGUCUCCUUUUCACUCUGUUGCUGCUCUUAGAGGGUUUCGAACUCCGGUUGUGGGGAGCGUCGAGAGUGCUCCUUUUUGGGCCGAUCGGUCGCGUUACGAAUCGCGGCGAGGGUUUUAUUGCUGGAAUAAGACUAGUUUUGGCUUGAGAGGUGCUGUUGCUUCUGCUGCUGCUGUUCUCAGCCCUGUCGAGCGCAAAAUUUCCACCAUGGCAACUGAUAGUGCUUACAAAGACAUCUUGACCAGCCUUCCUAAACCUGGUGGGGGCGAGUUUGGGAAGUACUAUAGCCUAACGGCGCUCAAUGAUCCAAGGACAGAUAAGCUUCCUUAUUCUAUUAGAAUUCUUCUUGAGUCAGCCAUUCGCAACUGCGAUAAUUUUCAGGUAACUAAAGCUGAUGUGGAGAAAAUUCUUGACUGGGAAAAUUCAGCUCCAAAGCAAGUUGAAAUUCCUUUUAAGCCUGCUCGUGUUAUUCUUCAGGAUUUCACUGGUGUUCCGGCAGUUGUCGAUCUUGCUAGCAUGCGAGAUGGAAUGAAACAGCUUGGUGGUGAUACUACCAAGAUCAAUCCCUUGAUACCUGUGGAUCUUGUUGUUGACCACUCAGUGCAGGUCGAUGUGGCAAGGUCUGAAAAUGCAUUGCAACUUAACAUGGAACAUGAAUUCAAUCGCAAUAAGGAAAGGUUUGGUUUUCUGAAGUGGGGCUCAUCUGCAUUUAACAACAUGCUUGUUGUUCCUCCAGGUUCUGGUAUUGUCCACCAGGUCAACUUGGAGUAUCUGGGAAGGGUUGUAUUUAAUACCAAUGGCUUACUGUAUCCUGAUAGCGUUGUUGGAACGGAUUCGCACACAACUAUGAUUGAUGGAUUAGGUGUUGCUGGGUGGGGAGUUGGAGGGAUUGAAGCAGAGUCUGCCAUGCUUGGCCAGCCAAUGUCUAUGGUACUUCCUGGUGUUGUCGGUUUCAAAUUGAUGGGCAGCUUGAAAAAUGGAGUGACGGCCACAGAUUUGGUUUUAACUGUCACUCAAAUGCUGAGGAAACAUGGUGUUGUCGGAAAGUUUGUUGAAUUUUAUGGUGAUGGUAUGGGUAAAUUGUCACUUGCUGAUCGAGCAACUAUUGCAAACAUGUCUCCUGAAUAUGGAGCAACCAUGGGAUUCUUCCCUGUAGAUCAUGUGACUUUGGAGUAUUUGAAAUUGACUGGUCGUAGUGAUGAGACAAUAAUUAUGAUUGAGGCUUAUCUUCGUGCAAAUAGAAUGUUUGUGGACUAUAAUGAGCCACAAGUAGAGAGAAUUUAUUCAUCCUAUCUGGAAUUGGAUCUCUCGGCUGUUGAACCUUGUAUCUCAGGUCCAAAACGACCACACGAUCGGGUUACUCUGAAGGAAAUGAAGGCAGACUGGCAUGCAUGCCUGGACAGCAAGGUUGGGUUUAAGGGUUUUGCCAUCCCUAAAGAUGCUCAAGUUAAGGUUGCAAAGUUCACAUACAAUGGCAUGCCUGCUGAAAUGAAGCAUGGUGAUGUUGUAAUAGCAGCUAUAACAAGUUGUACAAACACUUCAAAUCCAAAUGUGAUGCUUGGAGCUGCACUUGUUGCAAAGAAAGCUUUAGAUUUAGGUCUCGAGGUAAAGCCAUGGAUUAAGACAAGCCUUGCUCCAGGGUCUGGAGUUGUUACAAAAUACUUACAACAGAGUGGCCUUCAGCAGUAUUUAGAUCGUCAAGGUUUCCAGCUUGUUGGAUAUGGAUGUACGACAUGCAUUGGAAACUCUGGAGAUCUUCAUGAAUCAGUGAGCGCAGCUAUUACAGAUAAUGAUAUAGUUGCUGCAGCUGUUCUUUCUGGAAAUAGAAACUUUGAAGGGCGUGUUCAUCCCCUGACUCGAGCAAAUUACCUUGCUUCACCUCCACUUGUGGUUGCCUAUGCUCUUGCUGGCACUGUUGACAUCGACUUUGAGACAGAACCCAUUGGUAUUGGGAAGGAUGGGAAAAAUGUUUACUUAAGGGAUAUUUGGCCUUCAACUGAGGAAAUAGCAAAGGUUGUUGAAUCCUCUGUUCUACCGGACAUGUUUAAGCUUACCUACCAAACAAUUACACAAGGGAACCCAAUGUGGAACCAGCUUUCUGUUCCAGGGGGCACUUUGUAUACAUGGGAUCCAAAGUCCACUUACAUUCACGACCCUCCGUAUUUCAAGGGGAUGACAAUGACUCCUCCUGGUCCACAUGGGGUGAAGGAUGCAUAUUGCCUCCUCAACUUUGGGGACAGCAUAACAACAGAUCAUAUUUCUCCUGCUGGAAACAUUCACAAAGAUAGUCCAGCGGCAAGGUAUCUAAUGGAACGUGGGGUAGACAGGAGAGAUUUUAAUUCUUAUGGAAGUCGUCGAGGAAAUGAUGAAAUCAUGGCUAGGGGAACAUUUGCAAAUAUCCGCUUAGUUAACAAACUUUUGAAUGGUGAAGUUGGGCCCAAGACUGUACAUAUCCCCACUGGAGAGAAGCUAUCUGUGUUUGAUGCAGCAAUGAAAUACAAAAAUGAAGGGCAUGAUACAAUUGUUCUUGCUGGAGCUGAAUAUGGCAGUGGAAGUUCUCGAGAUUGGGCUGCAAAGGGCCCCAUGUUACUGGGUGUAAAAGCUGUAAUUUCAAAGAGCUUUGAGCGCAUUCAUCGUAGCAAUUUGGUUGGUAUGGGUAUUAUUCCAUUGUGCUUCAAACCUGGUGAGGAUGCAGAUUCACUUGGCCUUACCGGGCAUGAGAGAUACACAAUAGAUCUUCCUAGUGACAUCAGUCAAAUCAAGCCAGGUCAAGAUGUUAGUGUCACGACAGACACUGGAAAGUCAUUCACCUGUGUUUCACGGUUUGAUACACAGGUUGAGUUGGUGUACUUUGACCAUGGAGGCAUUCUUCCAUAUGUGAUCAGGCAGCUGGUUAGCAAUCAGCAGUAGACUGUUGGUCUUAUUGGAUUGCUGUUCGAAAUGUUGGAUAGGACUCCCCUCGUUCAAAUUUUUACAUUGCGGUUAGAAUAAUGUGCAUUAGAAUAUGCACAGUUUUAUCCAAAAGGGAUUUUUUUCCGCUUGAGUCUAUUAUUAAUGGAAUCUCUUAUUCAAUUACUGUUCACCAGUUACUGAUAUCGGAUAAAAGAGCCUUCUUAUGAAGGUGUUUUUUGAACUGGAAACAUAAUUUGGCUGUAUAAGUAGCAAGUGGUUUUG